AUGCACCAGGAAGAGGUGCUUCGCCAUCGAAUGGAUUUUGAACCGUACCAACCGCAAACAAAUACUUUUGCCAGGUCAUCCCUGACGAUCUCCUCCCCGAUGCCGUUGUCGGAGCCCCGUCCGCUCUCUCUUCCUCCGACCCCUCCUGCCCACCUCAACCGAGUGACGAAUCCAAGGCCUACUCUCCCGCUCUCGCGCGUGUGGCACUUGCAGACACCGGACAGUGUGAGGAACGGACCAAAGAAAAUCGGCCGAGCGAAGGAUCCGUCGCGCCCUCCCAAGGGACAGUAUACAGCUUUCUUUGAAAGAGUUCCGGAUACCCAAGAUGGGUGGCUUGCAGCGAGGGAGCGGCUCGGCCUGACGAACCUCGAAGGCAUCGCGAAAGCAAUCAAUGAUAUCCUAUGGUUCGGAAGCGAUUGUGAGGAGUCCCGGAUCCCCAGGGACAUGACAGACUACAUCGCGCAUCGAGCGAGGAAAGCAGAGAGGAUCGGUGGCUCCGAUGAAGUCACAUUCCCGUCCAGAUAUGCCAGGUCGUCGAAACGACGCCGUGUCAAUAAGAAGACACAGCAAAUGUACGAGAAUGUUCCAUCAUGGAUUGCACGUCAGCAGGAAUCACUGUUUGAGCGUUGUGGGCAUCUUGCGUCAGAGAUGUUCCUUCAUGCUGCGUUGAGCCUCUCAAGCUUUGACAGUCUAUCCAGGUCCGGGCCAGACGAUUUGUUUCGGAAAGACACCAUGGCUAAGAUCCCAUCGAACAUGACAUCGUCGCUCGAGACCGAGCUUCCCUUCUAUUUGCCGUUCAUCGUCUGGGCCCGUAUCCGCCUUCAUACAGGCAUUGAUUGCUACGAGCAACUGGGACCCGCAUUAGGUGUCACCAAGUUUACCCCGGCCGAUUUCCAAAGAUGGUUUGAAAUCUAUCAGCAGAACACAACAAAGCCUACGCCAGGUAACAAGCGUCCCUCAAGCGAAGUUCAAUCUGAGCCGACAGGGAAACGACAGCGGACCGGCCCUCAAAGGCCAGACGGUUUACCACCCCAUACUGCUGCUUCGGGUCUCUCAGGUGCUCUUGCACAGGCAGGCGAUUCUGCUCCGUCCCUGCUCAUCGGAAGCAAUGCAGACGAGGGCGUAACUGAGCAAGGGCUACAUAGUCAUCGAUUGCCCCAGAUGCCUAUUGACGUUGGUGCUGACCAAUUCACUCCGUCAUUCACGCUGGAGUCCGGCUGCGGAACGGCUUUUCAUGGAUCACAGUUAGAAAAGCCUGCCGGCUAUGUGUAUGAUCUGACCGGCCCGGUCGACCAGGCUCCGGCCCAACUCGAGAACAUCACAUUUCCAUUCACCUGGUCGCGUUAUGGCGUAACCGACGCAACUAUUCCGUCGGAAGAGUUCGGGAGCGGCAUCGAUUGGAAUCAUAUUAGUUAUCUUGAGCCCGCGUAUCGUGAGAACCGUGUUUACUACAUGAGCGGGCAAUAG